AUGCUUGGCUUCAUUUUGAAAAUCUUUCUUUGCCUUCCAGUUUUGGGAAUAAUUAAUGGUGAUCUUCAAAUAGUUACAGCAGAAGGGUAUUCAGCUCCAGGAGAACAAGCCAAAGAUGAUUCACCACCAACCCUUCAGUUCAGUGGCUGGCAGAUAGCAAACCCUUCUCUGCCUCCAGAGCUGAAAAAGAUUAAUGGCAACAUGAAGGCUGAACAGGUCAACAGGCACUUGCCAUUACGAAGGAAGCGCUCCGUUCUGUUUCCCGGUGGAGUUAAGAUCUGCCCCGAUGAAUCUGUUGAGCAGGCUAUUGCCAACCAUCUGAAAUAUUUCAGGCUCAGAGUGUGUCAGGAAACAGUCUGGGAGGUCUUCAAGACAUUCUGGGAUAGACUGCCAGAGCGAGAAGAAUAUCACACCUGGAUGAGCCUGUGUGAAGAAGGAACGAUGAGUAUCUUUGAAAUGGGCAUGAACUUCAGUCAGUCUGAGGAGCACCGAAGUCUGAUUGUAAAGAAAUUGUCCUAUAUGAAGGAAGCAAUGGGCAGCUCCUGCACUGAUUGGUCAUGUGGCCAAGGUGAUCCAGGGAAUCAGUCAUGCAGUGGUGGGACCCCAACUCCAGCUCUGGAGGAUGAUGUUACCACAUUGAGAGAUGCAGCUGCCAAUGUUCCUUCCCCUCAUGAGAUCUCCAUUGGGAGUCCUGAAGGUGGUACAGUCCAUGGGACUGAAGACACAGACACUACUACCAAUAAUGAGAUAAAGAAACAGGAUGAGAAGCAAGUGAGACCUGUAACUGAGCAGAUGAUUGAGUUCAGCAUCUUGAUUGUCGGUGAACAGUACAGCGAGGACCUGAACGACCCAGCUUCUGCGGAGCAUCAGCGGCUCUCUGAACAAUUCAUCUCUCAGAUGAAAAAUGUAUUUGAAGGACUACCUGGAUAUAAAAACAUCCAUGUCCUGGAUUACAGCUCUCCUGAGGACGACAGUGGGGUGGAAGUUCAUUAUGCUGUUACAUUUGAUGGAAAAGCCAUCAGCAAUGCCACCUGGGACCUGAUUAACCUUCAUUCGAACAAGGUGGAGGACAACUUCUUUAUGGGCAUAGAGGACAAUCCAACAGUUGUGUACACUAUCAGUGAUUUCCGAGAUUACAUUGCUGAAAUCCUCCGGAAAAAUGCCUUGCUUGAUAACAUUUCCUUGUCUUUAGAUGUUAACUCUCUUCAUCUUACUAAUGUGAAAGAAAUACUACACCCUACACCAGAAGACCCAUCCUGGAUUACUGAGCAUCCAGUUGUGCUAGAGCGUCCAGAGUUGGAUGACAGCACCUUUUUAGCUGAACGGCCUUCAGCAGAUGAAUCAACUGUCAGCAAUACCUUGCCCUUUGAUUUCACCAAACCAGAUUCCACUUCAGAUAGUGAUCAGGAGAAUGACAAUGAAAUCUGGCCAAGACCAGAAAAUCUGGACUAUGGGGCCAGUUUGGCACCUGAAGCUCCGCUCUCCUCAGAGACUGACGUCACUUCUUUGCCUGAUGGUCUGAAUUUAGAGGAUGGGAAUCAGACUCCUCAUUUGGUCACUGUGCCAGUGGACUCUCUGGAAUGGCUUUCAGCCCGUAAUUCUUUAGAAGAUACUGGACUAUCUGAAGACCUUUUGCCUUUAAGUCCUCCUCGCUUUGUGCCUGAAGAACUCCCUUCUACAGAUGACUAUGAAGUUCCUCUGCUUUCUGCACCAACAGUGGCCUCUUCAUCAGGGAUAGAGACUGAUAUAAAAGAAGCAGUAUCUGCUGAGAAGGAAGAAGUAACCCAAGGUAGUCCUGCAGGCAGUAAGGAUGUAGACUCUGUGUUGUACCAGCCUGUGGAAGAAAUUCCUUUUCCUUCAGAAGAACAUCCUAUGGAAGAUGAAACUGAUAUGUAUCUUGGAGAUAGAGUUAUAUUUGAUGAUGGGUCUGGUUCAGCUUUUGAUGGUUCAGGAAAAGAAAUGGAAUCAAGUAUUUGGCCUUGGGAAGAAGCAACACUGGAACCAGUUUUCUACCCUGGUUCUGAUAGCUGGCUUGAAGAUGACAAUGAGUCUUUGUUAUUCAGACCUGAUGAUAUUCCUGAAGGCAUGAUCUUAGACUAUAUUCUUAACUCUGGGAAUAAAUUAGAUGAUGAACCUUCCAAAAAUGAGAAUGAAGGUAUGGACGGUAUAAAAGAAGAUUUCCUUGAUGAGUCUGAAACAUUUGUCUUUCCAGAGACUGCAACUCAGCAAGUACCUCUACUGCAGACAGAAGAGUUGUCAUCUGUGGAACCACCUACACAGACACAAACCUUGGGUGUGUAUGAAUCUUCUUCUGUUAAACCAUCCUUGGUUUUGGAGCCUUCAGAGGACCAUUCCUUUGUAGACAUGCCAACUGGAGAGGUCCCUGUCUCACCACAUGAUACAGGUCUGUCUGUAGAAGAUAGUCUCCUUACUUCUACAGAGACUGUCAGUAUGGAGCAACCUGAAGAGCCCAGCAUAGACCAGGACAUCAUCGAACAACAACAUGAAGACAGGACAACAGUAGAAGAGCUAUUCACAGUGCAGCAGUCAGGGGUAACUGAAGCUGCUACAAUAGGCAGGUUGGACACUAUCUCUUCAGAAACUGUUCUGACUACAUAUCCUUCCAUGGUAUACCCAGAUGCCUACACGGUAAGCCCUGAUGCUUUCACAGAAGACCUGGCAGGCCAAGACACUCGUGGAUUAGUGGUGACAGCUGCCACUCAUGUUUCAGUUGCAGUUCCUUCUGUAACAGAUAAGACUGAUGUCCUAGAGAGCUUUACUGGACAUGUCGGUACAGAUCAUGACACACAUGUUUCUGUGAGCUUCAGCACUGUUGAGCUUCUGUCCCAUUUCCCUCCUGUGACUACCUCAACAAAGCUGGGAGAUGAAACAACGCAAGUCCUGGAUGUUUCUGUGGACUUGGGUCACAGGAGUACUGUCCACUUUUCUCCUGAGCUGACUGAGGAGGGAAGCAGUGUGACUAAAAGUCACGUGGAGCUAACAACUCGUGUCCAGUCCACAGAGAUGGCCAGUGUGGCUUGGGCCACGCACGAAAAUCACAGCAGCACUCCUGUCCCAUCACGUUCUCUAGUUGUGUUUUUCAGUCUUCGGGUCACCAACAUGAUGUUUUCAGAGGACCUGUUUAAUAAGAACUCCCCUGAAUACAAAGCAUUGGAGCAGCGUUUCUUGGAGCUGCUGGUGCCCUACCUUCAGUCAAACCUGACAGGCUUCCAGAAUCUGGAAAUCCUGAACUUCAGAAAUGGCAGCAUAGUGGUGAACAGUCGGAUGAAAUUUGCCAAACCUGUGCCUCGGAACGUCACCAACGCUGUGUACAUGAUCCUGGAAGACUUCUGCAACACUGCCUAUCACACCAUGAACCUGGCCAUCGAUAAAUACUCCCUGGAUGUGGAAUCAGGUGAACAAGCAGAUCCCUGCAAAUUCCAGGCCUGCAAUGAGUUCUCUGAAUGCAUAGUAAAUCGCUGGAGUGGGGAAGCAGAGUGUGUCUGCAAUCCUGGCUACCUGAGCAUCGAGGGGCUGCCCUGCAACAGCAUCUGUGACCUGCAACCAAACUUCUGCUUGAAUGACGGGAAGUGCGACAUCAGCCCUGGGCAAGGCGCCAUCUGUAGGUGUCGUGUAGGAGAGAACUGGUGGUACAGAGGGGAGCACUGUGAAGAGUAUGUGUCUGAGCCACUGGUUGUGGGUAUUGCAAUUGCUUCUGUGGCAGGAUUCCUUCUUGUGGCCUCUGCUGUCAUCUUCUUCUUGGCCAGAACCCUUCGAGACCAGUACACAAAGAGUGAUACUGAGGAGUCACAGGGGCAGGGUGACAGCCUCUCAUCCAUUGAGAAUGCAGUUAAAUACAACCCCAUGUAUGAAAGUGAUACGACUGGCUACAGCCAUUAUUACCGGAGAUACCCUCAGCUAACGUCCUACAGUUCUACCAGUGCAGAGACAUCCACAGACUACAGCAGUGAAGAGAUAAGGCACAUUUAUGAGAACAGUGAGCUUACUAAGGAGGAGAUUCAGGACAGAAUUCGAAUUAUAGAGCUGUAUGCUAAAGACCGUCAGUUUGCAGAGUUUGUUAGGCAGCAUCAAAUGUGA